UUCCUGAGAGAUCACAGAGGAGGAAUGAGAGAUGGAAGAGGAGCAGAGAAGAAGGAAGUGAGUGUAGAAGGAGGACGAUGAAGAAACAUGAGGAUGGAGUAAUAAAUGAGAUGAAAAGGAUGCAUGUAGAUGUUCAUCUUCCUCACCAUCACACUCCUCAGUUCAUACAUCACUUCCCCCUGAACCCAAGCGAGUCUGAGUCUGAGGCCUGGUGUCCAGCUGCAGUGCAUUGUGGGAUUUCAGUGGAGAUGAGACCUGAUCUCACUUCAACUCCUAAUCACCUGCUCUGGCAAAAGCGCGCGGAUGCAACAGUCAGACCUCUGAUAUGCUCCCGGAGAAACGCGAGAACCGUAUGUGUGAGAUGAAGACAUGAACACGUGUGUGUGUGUGAGAGGGGGAGGGGGGGAGAGGGGAGAGGGGAAGGAUAUCACUCUUAUGUGUGGAACACUGAGCGCGAGCACCUGAUGAUCCUGAUGCGUGCGCGGGAGAAAUGUUCCACUUGAAGCACGAUAGAAGAGCAACGCGAGUGAAACACCAUGGAGAUGGAGAUGGAUGGUUAUGACCUCUCUGUAUCUCAUCACCUAGACAUGAGCCGCACUCAGACCCAGUGAUGAGACUGUUUGUACCAGGUAGGACCCGUGGAAUGGCUGAAGACACACUGAUGCUGAGAUGUUGUUGAAGGACUGGGAUUAACAGAGAGGAGGACCAAAAAAACGCCCCAAGUGAGCAAAUGGAGCGCUACCUGGGAGAAAGUUCUAAAGCUCCACCUCUGAUUAACUACACCCACUCUAAUGCGUCCGAUCAGAGGGCAGAGUUUGGUGUCGCCGUGGUGACGGAGCGGUUAGCAGUGGCUUGUCUGUUGGGUUUGCUGGCGUUAUCGACAGCUGUAAUGAACGGCGCGGUUAUCGCCGCUAUCCUGACCACCAGAAAGCUCCGCCUCCCGGCUAAUUACCUCAUCUGCUCACUGGCGGUUACCGACUUCCUGGUUGCGUUGCUGGUGAUGCCGCUGAGCAUCCUGUACAUCGCCAUGGCGACGUGGAACCUGGGGCGUGUGGUGUGUGAGGUGUGGCUGAGCGUGGACAUGACCUGCUGCACCUGCUCCAUCCUGCACCUGUGCAUCAUUGCACUCGACCGCUACUGGGCCAUCACCAAGGCGGUGGAGUACGCCCGCAAGAGGACCCCGCGCCGUGCCGUUAUCAUGGUCACCGCUGUCUGGGUGGCCUCUAUCUUGAUCUCAGCCCCUCCUCUUUUCUGGCGCCGGCGCCGUGGCGCCGUUCACCAGUGCGUGAUCGAACACGACCAGCUUGGUUACAGUAUCUACUCCACCUUCGGGGCCUUCUACAUCCCCAUGACUCUGAUCCUCAUCCUGUAUUACCGCAUUUAUGGGGCGGCCAAGUCCCUUUACCAGAAGCGUGGCUCCUCACGCCACCUCAGUGACUCUCUAAACCACUUCCGAGUUGAGCUGUCCCCCUCUGACCCCGGCAUGGAGCUGGAGAAGCUGAACAGCCCCGAGGAAAGGAACCAGGUGUGCAGCUCGCGUGAGAGGAAGGCCGCUCGGAUCCUCGGCCUCAUCCUGGGCGCUUUCAUUGUCUGCUGGCUGCCCUUCUUUAUUAAAGAGCUCCUGAUGGCACUGAAUGUCCUGCAGCCUUCUCCGCACGUGUCCGACUUCCUCACCUGGCUCGGAUACAUUAACUCGCUGAUCAACCCGCUGCUCUACACCAGCUUCAACGAGGACUUCAAACAAGCCUUCAAAGGGCUCCUAAAGAGGAAAGAGCACACAUAGGACCACGGGGAUGCCAAGGUUCCAGGCCUUCUCCUGGAGCUCACGUCUUCAUGUCCCCUUACGUAAAGCACAUGGAGCACAUGUACACUGUCAGUGAAGUGCACUAGACGAGGAAGAUGACUUCUUAGUGCACUUCUGAGCACAUCUGCACUGCUUCUGGGGCUACGUCCCAAAGAACUCCUAUAUUUAUACAUCACUGUACUGAAUCAAGUGUUACCCUACACAACACACAACACCUUACAUUACAAACUGCACAACACCCUACACAAGACUCUACACCCUGCACAACACCCUACACAAGACUAUACACCCUACACCCUGCACAACAACCUUUCACAAGACUAUACACCCUACACCCUGCACAACACCUACACACUACACAAUACUCUACACACUACACCCUGCACAACACCCUACACACUACACAAGACUCUACACAACACCCUACACAAGACUUUACACCCUGCACAACACCUACACAAGACUCUACACCCUGCACAACACCCUACACAAGA